GAAGUAGAUUUUCGUUUUCGCUUUUCGGAUUGGUCGCUUGAAUGCUCCUAGUUAUCCGGCAUGGAGAGUGAGGAGUACGAAGAGUGGCUGGUGGAGUCUAUUCGCCUUUACAAGGAUCUACAUGACUUUGAGCUGCAGGAUCCCACAAGAGUUGUCGAGUGGAUAGGGGAUAAAAGUAUCUGCGUAGCUGGAUAUGAUGGCACCAAGAGAAAUGAAAUCCUCCAGUUGCUCAUACCACAGAAACUGCAUGCCAAAGAAAAUCCAGGUUUGUGCCCAGAAAGGGAUCUGAAGGUGGAACAUGGUGGAUUUAUAGACGAGCCUGUGUACAGCCUGAAACACAUCCCUCAGAGCAGCCUGAUAGUAACGAGUGGGCCGACGGGCUGCCCUCUGCGGGUUUGGCAGAUAGGGCCGGAAGACAGAGAUGUCAUUGUGCCCCUCAGCACCCUCCCUACUGACGCCGGGAAUGAAACCUGGACCAGAACCGCCACUACACCCUCUGCGCCUCCCCAGAUUCUGCACGGGUCGCAGGCCAAUAGCAUCCACCUUACAGAGAUCCAAUCCACAAAACGGAUUUACACUUUAGGCCUGUCCGGAAGCGAUGCCCUCAGCACCCUCGGUUUCCUGGACCCUUACACGGUGUUUGUGUGCUGUAGGAACGGGAGGCAGUGUAUGGCGGAUGUGCGGAUGCCCGGGGCAGCCUGUGAGGGCAGUGUGGGCAAACAUGGACUCUCUAGCGCCGCCUGGUGCGCAGCAGUUAACCCCUCGAAGGGAGCUGCUUGUUCCACAGUUGCAAGCCUUUCAGCCGAGGGGCACGUAUGUCUCACCGACGCCCGAAACCUCAGCGCCCCUCUUAAAUGUGCCAAAUGCCGCGUUCCCAAACCUGCUGCUCCGGAACAUUUUUUGAACGUCUGCUGGGCCCCUGCCUUGUCCGACUGCAUCUCGCUCUCAGGUUUCGGGGGCACAGUGCAAAUCUUUGACACGAAACAGUGGGAUUGUGCCAUGAAGGAAAGAGAGGCGCUGUUUAUACACAGAGGGCAUUCUGUCAUGGGGGCAAGUGAAGCUGGAAGCGAGCCAAUAGUUACAGCCCAUUCAUGGCACCCAUGGAAAGAACGCACUGUUUUAUCUGCAGCCAGCGACGGCUCCUUACAUGUCUGGAACUGGUCAGACUUACCGGAACAUGAUGGAACCCAGCUCUAACCUUUACUCCUUGAUAUAUUGUGUUGGUUCUUGUGUCAUUCAUUUAUAUGACUGUGUUUUUUUAAUGCACUGCGAUUAAAUGUGCCGCCUUUUAUACAGAA